GGCAGUUUCAGCUAACUUGAGACUUUGAGACUGCUUCCACAGUGAAAACAGCUUGUGAUCAGGACUAAUGGAGACUGCAGGAGUGUGUGAGAUUGAUGUGGCCACCAGAAGAAUAGUGGGAGGCAGUGAUUCACCACCUGACCUGGACAGCCCCUGUCAGGAGGAGGUAGCAGGGUUCGGUCUGGGCUUGUGCUGUGCUGAGGAGGAGAGAGGAGAGACUCCAGGCAGGGAGGACAGUCCCAGUGACCUGGGGGAGGCAGAGCUGGACCCUGGAGGAGACCACAAGACUGCAGAGGACAAGGCCUUCGGUAAGGAGGUUGUUCUGUUGAUGCAGGCUCUGAACUCCCUCGCCACUCCUGAGGAGAAAUUGGCUGCUUUGUGCAAGAAAUAUGCAGACCUGCUGGAGGAGAGCCGCUGCAUGCAGAAGCGUCUGAAGGCCCUGCAGAAGAAGCAGUCUCAGAUCGUGAAGGAGAAGAUCCACCUGCAGGGAGAGCACAGCAAGGCCAUCCUGGCCCGCAGCAAGCUGGAGAGUCUCUGUAGAGAGCUGCAGAGACACAACAAGACUCUGAAGGAGGAGAAUGCUCAGCGGUCCCGGGAGUACGAGGAGCAGAGGAAGGAGGCCAUGCUGCACUUCCAGAUGACCCUGAGUGACAUCGAGGUGCAGAUGGAGCAGCACAGCUCCCACAACACCAAGCUGAGGCAGGAGAACAUGGAGCUGGCAGAGAAGCUCAAAAAGCUCAUUGAGCAGUACGAGCUGCGAGAGGAGCACAUAGACACAGUGUUCAAGCACAAGGAGCUGCAGCAGCAGCUGAUGGACGCCAAGCUGCAGAGAAUCACAGAGAUGAUGAAAGAAGUGGAGGAGAAGCAGCAGAGAGAGAGAGACUUUCUGCUGAAGGACGCCACAGAGUCCAGACGCAAGUGUGAGCUGAUGAAAGAGCAGGAAACACAGCUUAAACAACAGCUCUCUCUCUACAUGGACAAGUUUGAGGAGUUUCAGAGCACUCUGGCUAAAAGCAACGAGGUGUUCACCACUUUCAGACAAGAGAUGGAGAAGAUGACCAAGAAGAUCAAGAAGCUGGAGAAGGAGACGACACAGUGGAGGACCAAAUGGGAGAGCAACAACCAGGCCCUGCUGCAGAUGGCUGAGGAGAAAACUCUGCGUGACGGCCACUUCAAGGCCCUGCAGGGGAAGCUGGAGCUGCUGGAGAGGCUGUGCAGAGCCCUGCAGAAGGAGAGGAACGACCUCAACAACCGCCUCAGCCUCCUCCAGGAGCAGGGAGGAGACAAGGAGACCACGUCACCUCCCCAAGACCAGCCGCAAGAGCUGUCUGCCGGGGAGGAGGACGAGGUGGAGGAGGGAGUGGAGGAAGAGGUGGAGGAGGAAGAAGAAGAGGAGGAGGAGGGCUCGGCACAGGGCGACAGGCUGGAGUCAGAGGACGUCCACCAAGCUCCCAGACCACCUGAACUGGAACCCACAGAGGCCACUACUCACAAAACCACUACUGCUCCGGUCACAGCCAGCCAGCCUGCAGACACAGCACACACACAGCAAGACUGAACACCCUCAGUCUGCCUGCGUGUGUGCGUGUGUGUGAUAGUCGGGCUCCACACACCUCCAGCCUAGUUCCAUAACUAGCCAGAAAAAUCAUCUUCAGUGGAGAUAGGGAUUAUUAUUUUGUUCUUUUUUUUUAACUCUAGAUGUGUGUCUCCAGGUUUCUACACUGUAACUCAACCAAUAUCUUCUUUUAUUGUGCGAUUAGUUCAAGAAUAAAACGAUUGUAUGAAAGAUUCCACUGUUAAAAGUCGCCCCACGUUUACAUUGGUUGUAAUAAUUGGCUUUGUGGUGAGUACUUGGUGUGCUCCGUUUUCUACCAUAACUGUAUUUUCAUAGAUUUCCAUCAAGUCAAAUUGGCCUUUUUUUUCUUUUUUUUUUUCUCUUUUCGGUCUCAUGUUCAGUUUGACUCCAUUUCAAAGUGAGUAUAUAUGUCUGGGUUAUGUGUCAUCUAUAUUAUCCACAGGGUAUUACAUUUAAAAAGCAUCAUAUCACUGUGUGACUAUGUUCUCUGUAGAGCAGGUUAGAGUCUGGUUAGAUAGUUCACAUGUGUAAUAGAGGUUCCAGCCAAUCAAUCCUCAUGGUUUGUAAUUGGUUGACAAGUUUAACUAAAAAAAUGUUUUAUAAAUGCUCAGUUCUCUAAGAAAAAGGGCUACAAGUUCAACAUCGAGUGGUUUUCUACGACCUCUGAUCCACAGCAUGACCUACAAGUGUGGAAUGACCCACUCACACACAAAUCACACACUUACUGCUUAACUAUGAUUGGCUGGGAGAGAUUCAGCAGAAUUCUUUUGAACACCAGACUGAGUACUGGGAUGCGAGGUGUGGUCAUUAAUAUCUGAAUGAUGUCAGACCUCAUUCAUAUUUACAUUAUUAGUGGUGGAAUCCAUAUUUCCUCAUCAAUAUUCAAUUGGACUCACAUUAACACUACUGUGAGAGGUUUAAAAAAAAAAAGACUCCAGAAUAAAGUAGAGACAUUAGAAAAGGAGCUUCAGUCAGUAUUUUAAAGUCAAAAUUAAGUUGUGAUUUUUAUGAGAGGAAAGAAUUGUAUAAGAAUAAAACUAAUGUUAUUAUAAAGAAGUUUUCUGCAUAUUUUGGGUAAAUUAAAUCACGUUUUCAGGCAUUAAAGUACAAACAGGACCAGAUGCACGAGCACAUUUCACACAAUGUGUAACAACAACAUUCCUUCAUAAGUGAUAUGACAGCAGGCAUCACCUCUGUCUGUCACUUUUAGUUUUUAUUAGAAGCAAGUGAAGCCAUGAUUCCUCUGACAUGUCAUUUAUGUGUGUGUUUGCUGCCCCCAGUGGUCAAUCUACAUCAUUACACACACUACAAGGACUUCAUUAGAACUACCAGUAGAUGCAGGUGUCGCCCCAUUAACCAGGACUCUAAAUUUUUAGGAUUGGAAUUGGGAGUUUGGGAAUAAUUCAUCACUAACAUUUCAAUUGAUCAAUAUGUCGCCCCUGAUUUCAAACUCUUUUUUUUCUUCUUUUUUGAACCAUGUAACUUCUGUAUGUUCAGCUCAGCAGGGUGUACAGAGAAAAAAAACGAGUCAGCCGUUACUAUUUUGUGUAAAUGUUAGAAAGCCUUCAGUACAGUACAGCAGAAUAAUGGAGCCUGUCAUUUUUUGAAACUUUAUACUGGAAGAAGAAAAAAAACGAAUGUGAUUUUGCUUUUUGUAUUAUGAGUUUGAAUAAAUGAUUUCUAUCAGUAAUGGAUGUUAUAAUAGGAGCACUUACAUGAUCUGAAGCUGCUGAAAAUGAGGAACUCUUCAGUGUGUGUGUGUGUGUGGAGUCACCAGGGUAUUUAAAAAAAAAUCAUCUCAAAUCAUACACUUGAGCAUCAGCAUCUUUCAUUCAUUUUCAUUCAUUUCCACCCAAAUGGCUCAUACUAGAGCUGCUACUCUACCACGUGUCCAAUAUCCUCACUGAUGUACUAAUGCUAACCCCAGCUGAGUCUCACUCUUUUUUAUUUUAUUAGUUGGCAGAUUUACUAGAGUGACCCCACUAUCAGCUUCUCUGAGCUGUUUGGUUUAUUCCUUUAAAACAAAUGAGUGAAAGAAGUCCUCGUAAACUCACAGCCGUUUCAUUGUUUCUCAUAUUCCAGCUCAGCAUUCUGUCUGUUGCACAUGUGGCUGGACUUUUAUUAUUUUUUAAAUUCAGUAUAAAGUAUGUAAAGUAAGUGAGAUGAAUCAUAGAGGUGGUACUUAAAUAUGUGAUCGGGUGGAGUAUUUAGAAGAUGGAUGAAGGAAGAAGGGAGCAGUCCAGUUAAUUUUAUCUAUGUAAAUUUCUCCUCAGAUAUAAAAAAAAAAUAUAUAUUGAUGUGAGCGCACACGCACACACACAAGGUCAGGUGGUAUGUGUGUGUGCUUUUAUUUUUGAGGACAGUUGUAGUCACAGGGGGAGGUAUGAGCAUCUAUUUCCUUCUUUGUUUGGCGUUGCCCCAGAUUGACUCAGGUAAUGUCAGAAUCUACCUCUACAGGUGAGACUAACUGUGAAAGAAGAGGCCUGAGUCACCACAGCUUCAGAGAGCUUUAUUUUUACUAAAAAAACAAAACAAAAAACAGAUGAGCCUACACCAACCCCCCUCCCUCCCCCUCUCUUUUGAUUGUACAAUGUUCUUAAAAGUCCUGUCUUGCUUUUCAAUAAACAUUUUGUAGAA